AUCGUAGCAUAAACACUGCGAGCCAUCGUGAGCGGCUACCGCUGACUGACUGGCGGGCUGAGGUACCGUGGCUCGGAGCUGUCGGGGGAAUGACGCGGAGAAGCAGGCGUAUAUGUUUCUGAGGACUGGUCGUUUCCUACCGCUGGGAGCUGCGAGCUGAAGCCCAGUUUUAGUUCGCGUGGAGGCGGCGGUUCGUUGCACUAUCUAACGACCGGGCCCGCUCUUGAGGGCCGCUCGCUUCACCCCGUCCGACCCUCGCGCCGCCCGGCUGCCGGACGAUGAGCCAGGAUGAGUCAGAGAGACGCGCUGGUUCAUCUCUUCGCCGGAGGGUGUGGGGGCACCGUGGGCGCCAUCCUGACAUGCCCACUGGAGGUGGUGAAGACGCGGCUGCAGUCCUCAUCUGUCAGGCUCUACAUCCCGGAGGUGCAUCUGAACACGGUGAAUGGGGCGAGUGUGACCCGGGUGUCCCCAGGGCCUCUGCACUGCCUCAAGUUAAUACUGGAAAAGGAAGGACCUCGUUCCCUCUUCAGGGGACUCGGGCCUAACCUGGUGGGCGUGGCACCAUCCAGAGCGAUAUACUUUGCUGCGUACUCGGGUGCGAAGGAGAGGCUGAAUGGCGUACUUGAACCCGACUCCACACAAGUUCACAUGUUGUCAGCGGGUUUGGCAGGUUUCACCGCCAUCACAGCCACCAAUCCCAUCUGGCUUAUCAAAACCCGUCUGCAGCUGGAUGCCAGGAACCGAGGGGAGCGGCGCAUGAGCGCGCUGGACUGCGUCCGCCGGGUGUACCGCGCCGACGGCUUGCGCGGCUUCUACCGUGGCAUGUCCGCCUCGUACGCUGGCAUCUCCGAGACGGUCGUCCAUUUCGUCAUCUACGAGAGCAUCAAGAGGCGGCUCAUCGAGGCUAAGGCCACCUCCAACAUGGACGACGAGGACGAGUCCGUGAAGGACGCCUCUGACUUUUUGGGAUUGAUGCUGGCCGCGGCCACGUCAAAGACCUGCGCCACUUCCAUCGCCUACCCCCAUGAGGUUAUCCGCACCCGGCUGCGAGAAGAAGGCACCAAGUACCGCUCGUUCUUCCAGACGUUGUCCAUGGUGGUAAGGGAGGAGGGCUACCGGGCCCUGUACCGUGGCCUCACCACCCACCUGGUGCGGCAGAUCCCCAACACGGCCAUCAUGAUGUCCACCUACGAGCUGGUGGUCUACCUGCUGGACGGUUAAGCCCCGCCUUCACUCCCCUGGCCCCCUGGAGAGCGCUCCUGGGCCGCCCAACGGGAGACCAAAGAAAGGUCAGGCGGCCCAGAUACACUGGCACCCAGCACCCUGCAUUCCUAGAGGGGGGGCGGCGAGUGGUGGAGUUUCCCGAUGAUGAGCAAGGAGGUUGCCAACAUGUAAAGAAGGCGGGGGUCACACCGGGACAGCCUGCAAGCUGCACACACCCUGACGGGCAGGAGCUGGAGAGAGACGUUGCUUCUUCAGCCUCUGUGUUUAACCUCUCUCUCUCUCUCUCUCUCUCUCUCUCUCUCCCUUUCUGUCAUUUAUCUUGCUUUCCUGUCAAGAUGCUGUUUCCCCAGUAACGCUGCUUUUGAGGGGGUCUUCUCAGAGAAGGAAACCCACCAGGGGAAGCGUGGGAUGGUUUUUCAAAAUAUGAGUAAUACCAACUAUACUAAUGAUUGAACAACAACAACAACAACAACAAAAAAAAAACCCCAGAUUCAAUGCCGUAUGUAUCUGCUGGGGGCGCUGUGCAGCUCAGUGGGUUGGGGCACUGUGCUAUCAGGUCGUCACCGAUUUGAAUCCCAGGGUCAGCAGAGUGGUUUCAUCUUUGGGUCCUUGAGCAAGAUUUUAAAGAAAAGCUUCCAUGCUAAGAUAAAGGGGUUGAGUUUUAUACCUGUGAAGGUAUUUUGUUAUACAGUGUUGCUACUCGUACAUUUCAGUGUUGGACUUUGUAUCCUGGGGGAGAAGAAAGCUGUUAAAGCCUUGGCUGGACAGGUCAUCCCAUCAUGAGACAGCACCCCCCCCCACUCCCUCCUGAAAGGGUCUGCUGGGGGUAAUGAAGUCUAUCUGAAGUUUGGGGUUUUAUUUUUCUACUCAAGGUUGGAGGACAAUUUGAGCUUCAUGUGUGGCUUAGUGUUUAAGUGAAUGUUCCCCCAUCAAAGUUCAAGUUCUCCCUCCCCACUCUGGGGUGAUGUUUGGGGUCAUGUGACAUGUUUGGGGUCAUGUGACAUGUCUUGUGGUGGGAGGGUAGGUUGGAUUAGCAGGCGUCUUAAAGCCUCGCAAAUGGUAAGUGGUUCUUGUUGGGCUCCAGACGCUGCCACAUGUUGACCUAAGAGCAUGUCGUUGGCAUGUUUGCCAUUUCAUAAACACGCUGCACCCCGUUAAUUCAAGCCUCGGUGUGACUAUGAACCCUUGAGUGUCUCUGCAUCAGUGUAGAUGCACAUUUCACCCAGCGCUAGCAUCAGCUUGGGGGUCCUCUUACAGCUUCCGGGUGGUUAGACUGGGAGGGCGCCGUCCUUGUCAUCUUGUUCUUGGAAUGCAGCAUGCAGUGGAGCCUCGUGACCCCUGUUAGCAGACAAGUCCCUGCUGAUCCCCCCCCCCCAGAACUGCUGCGUUCCUCGUUGAAUUACAGUAGAUUGGCAUGAAGGCACCAUACUCUGAUCUUCCGCCGAUGUUAGCUGGAUUCUUCAUUACUUGAACGUGAGGAGGUGACUCCUAAGCCCGGGGCCUCCAGCUGAAAGGUAAACUGUUAAUCAGCCUUUGAACGAUGCGAGUAAAGCCUUCCUUUUGUAUUUCUAAUUACUUGAAAAGUGUUUUUGUUGCGUUCCUGCUUACAUUAUGCAACAAAGAAUCGCGCUAGCCAUCGUCUUGCUACCUGAAGUCUGCCUUUCAGUCUCGGUGACUGUAUGGUCGAGGUGGGUUUGGGAGUUAGGGCAGGUAACGGGGGGGUGGGGGGUGGGUGCAGGGGCGGCCUGGCUCUCUCCCCAACCCCCAAGCAAUUCCAUAUGCACUUUUGUGGCCUUCUGGCUUGUGAAACCUUUUUUUGUUUUGUUUUGUGUAUUAUAAGGAAUAGUGUUACAAAAUAAAUAUAUAAAUGAUUCCUGCUGAAUAUAUAAAAUAAUUCAGUGUACUGACUAGUUAAGGAUGUCAUGUGUGAGUAUAUAUGUGCAGCAGAUGCAUAUAUAUGUUUACAUGUAAAUAACAUCCACUGAUGCUGAGGUCUUCAUGGUAUGCAAAAUUUUUGCAGUUAAGUAUUUUAACUGCAUUUGUUCGUAUCUGAAAUGUUUUUAAACUUGCAACGUGUUGUCUUACGCAUUGUUUCUGGUUAAGUGUGUGUGCUUCUCAUUUCAUGAUUUUUUUAUUUUUUUUCUGUCUCCCCCUCCCUCCAUGUUUUGGGUUUAUGGUAUAAUGGCCUCAGUUUCAAACUGGUUUGAUUAUUGUAGUUCCUCUAAUUCUUGACCACAUUGUGCUUUUUUUGUCACCUUGUUUUGAACGGAAUCUGUGCACAUCCAGUGUUUUUUUUUCUUCUUCUUCUCCCUUGAUGUUUACAUUCACUACCUGAUUGGCAGGCUGUCCUUACUGUCCUCCUGCCUGUUGUAUCUUACCGGAGUCCUUACUGUCCAUGUUAUUUUCACAUGACCACAUGUACCUGCUUAUAAGAGCACUUUCCAAAAUCUUUUUAAGCUGUGAUCCUAAGGUCAUGUGGUUGUCUUAUUUUGACAUUUAGUUUGGUUCAAAAUUCCAAUGUAUAUUUCCUCCCUUGCAUUACAACCAAGUGUUGUGGGGGGUUGGUAAAUUCCCACCCCCUUGUACUGUAGGCGGUCAGAUUGGUGAAUUAUGAAGUAUCAGCACCUGUAUACGUGUAGUCCAGCACUGAUCAUUCACCCCCCCCGAGUGAAUCCCUGGAGCAGUUUUGGAACAGAUUUCCACAUUUUUAGUGGGGUUAUAAAGUCAAGCAGCAAAUGCUUAUUUAGCUGCUAGUGGAUGCAAAGGCUCCAUUAGAUACAGCUGGCAGUGACCAGUGUUCUCUGACUGUCAGGUAAUACUGGAAGUGUUGGGUGCUGCUUGCGUAUUACAGCAGCUGUGAGUCACCAACAGUGAGGAUCUCUCUGCAAGUCAUCAUGAUUUUUGCAUAUUUUAAAGAGAAUGCAGUGUGUGUGCGUGGGCACACGGUUAAACGCAGUGUCUGUCUGCGUGAGUUUACGCCACUCGCUCAGGCCCCAACCAGCGCACAGUGUUCCAUCAGCGGGAACUCGCGUCCAUCCCGCGUCUCUCUCAGCAGAGUGGAAUCCUGCAUCAUCCGCCAGUGUUGUGUCCCCUUACUGUGAACUGGCAGGGAGUCCCAGUGGUUUCGCACGUGGUUUACACACCAGUCGCUCAUCUCCUGGGACCGAGCUCUCUGCGCUUUGGCCUCUUGGUGUCCCAGUGUGGCGAUGCAGUGCUGCUGAAGAUUCUAAGCUACUGUAACUGUGCCGUGCUGCUGCACAGCACUCUCAGCCACGCUGGCUCCUCAGCGCCACCUGGGGGCCACCUGCCCUAGAGCAAUGGGAGAUAUACAAAAAAUUAACAGUGCAGCUAAUUCCCACACACCACCCUGGGUCAGGCCUAGAGUUUCUCUCAGAAGGAAGGCUUUUGGAUGACCUUUGUGAAAGGUUUGUUCUAGGCUGUUGUGAUGUCUGUCUGGCCAGAUGACAUUACAGCCGUACUGUUAUGAAAACAAAUUCAUAAAUGGUUCCUCACCAUGAUUGUAGAGGUCAAUGAAUUUGUUCUUUAACAAUAUUAGCGUUCUUGAUUGUUUUCAAUUGUUUUGAUUUCUCCCGUGUUAUUCAUUUCAGCCUGAUGGAAAUGUGGCCUAAUUGGUGUCACCCUAUGCAUUGUAUAACAGACAUCAAGACAAGAUGAGAAGAGUGUUACCCGGUGUACGGAGUCUAAUUCACUAACCACACUGAGUGCCGUGUCGCCCUAAUUUCCUGUAGUUUCUCACCUAUUUCAAGUCUGCAAAGCUGAUCCUCUGUUUUAUUGUGACAGUUUUGCUAUGAAUUACAAAAAAUGAUUUGUGUACCAAUACAUAGACAUAAUCGAAGAAAUGUUUGAUUAAAAAACGUCUAAAAAGUAAUACAUUCUCAUGUUGCCAAAAACCUGAAUAAAGACAGUGUAUAAAUUACUGGGCUUUGAAA